AUGACCUGCCCCGAUGGAAGCAUAUGGAGCUUUGGCAAGAAGAUCAAGGAGAGUUCAUUUUUGCUUGAUUAUGACGAAGAUGAGCCAAGUGUUGCUGAAUCCAAAGCGGUAUACCACUGCCACCAGGUCAAGGGACCGAAUGUUGGUAUGGAAGCCAUCGCCAAGGUCCGCAUGCAGGUCCCAACCACAUAUCCAGCAAGCCCUAUCCCUCAGGUCCGAGCCUGUGAGGCCUUUAUGGACAAGGUCGCAUAUCCAACAGCUCAGGAGAUACAGGUCAACAUGCAUCUCAACGAAAAGAACUGCACCGUGGCCCCUCGCCUUCUACAUUACCUGAAGCAUACGCAGACCAAUCCAUCAAUGCCUGUCCCAGGAGGCUACAUCGUUAUUCUAAUCAUGGAGAAGUGUCCUGGAGUACCCCUGAUCGACUUUUGGCAGUACGACGAAGCGAAAAAAAGAGAAGAUACGGAAAGCGUUUCUAAAUUUUUAUCAUGCUUCGUCGACCCGGAAGACCCAGGUCUGCAGAAUAUUAUCUAUGAUGAGCAGGAGGAUAAAUGCUGGUUCAUCGACCACGAGCAGACGUUCAUAACAGAAAGCAAGUAUCCAACCGAGUUCCGUGAAAGCUACUUCAGGAUGUGGGGGCUUAAGGAUUAG